AUGUUUAGCGAAGGUGAUGUUUUGUUCGAAAAGGAAGAAUCCGUUAUUAAUGUAGUGGAUAGUGAUGACAACGUUAAUGUUCUCGAUAACAAUUAUACACAUGAGUAUCAAGGAUGGGAUGCUAUUGAACAAUUUAGCCAUUUGAGAAUUAACAAAAAAAUUAGUAACGUUCCUGGAUCUGAAAAGGUUAAAACGGCACUGGAUGAACUAACACACCAAAGACUUAUAAAGAAAAAAUCGCAAUCACUAAGAUUAUAUGAACUACUUGAAUCUGCAGGAAAGCUUUUUGGCAAUGGGCCAAAAUGGAGUAACCCAGACCAUUCACAAUUUAAUCGCAUGAAUGAGGAGAGGAUAGAAGUUGGAGAUUUGCCUUUGGUUUACAUAAAGAAACCUAAAUAUGCAAGUCAAGAGAAUGAAAUGUAUUAUUAUAAACUGCAAUUUCCGAGUGAACAGCAGAAGUUGCAGGCAAAGAAUCGGUAUCAGGAGGCUGUGAAGUUUGGAUUGAUUUUACCAGAUAAUUCAGAAACAAUUAACUACACUGUAAACCAAUCUCCUUGGGAAAUGGAUAAGUAUAAAAGCUCAUGGGAUGAAUUAUCUAAGGAACUCAAAUCUGAGCCAUGGAAAUCUCAACCUUCCAUACUUAAAUCGUACAUCAAGCUUAAACAUAAGGAAAUAUCAAUAAAUAUUGCAACAAGUAAAAGCAAUGUUGUAAAGGAUCAAGUAAUUAUUACAAGUCAAUCAACACAAUCUAACGGCAGGAAUUUGGGAAAGAAGGUACAAAAUCACAUCCAAUGCACGUUCAAUUUACAACCCAAAGUCCCAGUAAAUGCAGUUAACGGAGAGAUGAGACUUAUUGAGUUAUUUAACAACUCACAAAGUCGGAAUGAUACUGCAUUAAAAGGUAAUAUGGGUAUUGAAGGCGAUUCCUUUAAUUUUAAAUCGAAAAAAAAAGUUCUAGAAGAAUUAGACUAUUUGAACUCAAAUGAUUCAGGAGAAAUACAUAAUGAUGAUGUGAAGUAUAGUAAAGAUUAUGUUCCAGACGAAGAUGAGCAUUUAUCUGACGAUAGAGUUCAAGUUGUUAAUCAUUUGACAUAUAAUAAUGGAAGUAGCUGUAGAAAUGAGAUAGAUAGUGACGAUCAUGAUGAUAUAUUUAGGAGACCUUCCAAAAUGUCUCUCAACUUCUCAAACAACAGCAAUGAAUCAAAUAAUGACAGAGAAAAUAAUAAUGAUACGGUUGAAGAUGAUGGAUAUGGUGGGUAUAGCAAUGAUGAUGUAAAUAACGAUAGUGAUUAUGAAAAAGAGGUUGAUCACAAAGAAGAAGAUGGAUAUGAGAUUGUAAAAAUAGAUCUAUAUGAGCCACUUAGCAACAACUCUAUUAGAGAUGACAGGAAACUCAUUAAUAGAAUCGAAAGGAAUGAAGAAAACAAUAUUAUCGAUGUUAAAAAUCAGAAGCAUUCACAAAAACUAAUGACCAAAACUGAGAAGAGAAAGAGGUUGGAGUUCUUGAACAAAAUGUUCGAUUAUGAAGCAGAAGAAAGUGAAGAUGAAAAUCUUUCAGACCCUGAAGAUAGAAAAAAAAUUAAGUUAUUGCGUAAGAAUAGAUUAGAAGCCUCAUCAGAUUCUGAGGGAUUUUCAUCAGAUGAUAAUUUUGAGGAGUUGGCCGACUUCUUAACAACCGCCGAUAAUCUAAAUCCCGAUGAUGAAGACCUAGCCAGGCAGCGUUUUUAUGCGGAUAUGAAUGAGGAAGAUGAAGAGAGGCUGAAAAGGUUAAUGAUUAUAAGGGAGAAAAUUAAUAAGGGAUUGAUUAAGAGGAAAUAUGCCAUUAAGAAAGUUAGAAAUGGCCUGGAAAAUGAUUACCAUUUGAGUGAUUUUGAAUCCAGUGAGGAAGAUUCUGGGUAUGAAUAUGAAUCUGAUGAAUUGAUUGAUGACGAUGGUGAAGUUUAUGGUGGUAAUGCAGAUGCUGCCAACAAAUGCAUGGGUAGAAGGGAUAGUAAGAGGGAAAAUACGAUUUUAUUUGCCAAUGAUUUAUCUGAGGAACGGUUGGAAUUGAUGGAUUUCCUGGAAUUCAAGUUAAAUACUCGACAAGAAUCAGUCGAUACCACGAAUAAAGAUAUUGAUGAAGCCAUUGAUUGCAUUGUUUCAAGAGGAAAUGCUGAUAAUAAGUCUGUCAGAAAGCUGAAAUUAGAUAAAAUACUAUUAAAGCCGUCGAAUCUUUUGUGCGAAACUGAUAGAGGAGAUUUGAGAAAUGUAUUAAAGCAGAAAGCAAUUGACAAUUUCCAAAAAAUGCUUAAAAAAAACAUCAACAACUUGAAUAAAUUCAAGUGUAAAGCUGCGAAAUCUACACAUUAA